UUGACGGUGGACAGCGCUCGCGGACGCGUAGCGGCCAAUUAAUCGAAAUUAUUCAAAUUAAUGAUUAUUUUAUGACAUUUAACAAUUUUAUAUUUUUAUUUUUAUUAAUAAUUAUUCGUAUAGUGUAACUAGUCAGUAUUAAAUUCAUCGUGGUUCGAUUGUAGGUAUUGCUGAGAAAAAUAAAGAGCUAUGCACCGUCUAACCGAGCACACGCUUCUAGAGCCGCUGUCCCCUGCAUACACAAAUGUGACAGUGAGGCGCGCCUUCAUCGUCUGGCUGCACUGCGGGCAGACCAACAAGUUCAAAGACGUCUGCAAUUACUUCCACUUCUUGGAACGAUUGGAGGACAAGCUCUCAGUCGACAACCGGGCCAUCAGCCGUCAUCACGAAUUCGAUCUCUUCACCAACCCGCCGCCAUCGUCCACCUAUCUCAACUCCCAUCACCCCAAUCUCUACCCCAACACGCAGCUGGAAAACUGCUACGUCAACAAACUAGAAGCCAUCAGGAACGAGAAAUGCGUGUUCAAACUAGAAGGCUUUGAGGAUAUCGGAGCGAAAAAUGGGGCUACUAAACAGCAGAUAGUCGAAACGAGUCAGCUAAUCAGGAAGUAUUGCUUCAGUCACUCUAUUACUUUAAAGAAGUUCCUGAUAGAAUUUAAAGAGUAUGCUGCUAAAUGUCAAUUGAAGAACAACGUUCAAACCGUGGCCUUUUAUAUAAAGAGACAAAUGGUCAAAGAAGAAAUAACAAUGAUAGUGAAUUGCCCGAGAACAUUCAGCUAUCUUGAAGACGAUUUCGUUGAAGAUAAGUCUGUGAAUUUCUUGAGUCAAAUGAGAUUGUUAGAUGGUAUAAGAUUAUCUCCGACGAUCAAGCUGAAUGGAGUUGAUGUUUGGAACAACGAGAAUUUGAAGACCAAGGUAUCGAACGCUAGAAGUGCAUUCGUGAAGAAGCCUAGUCAAAAACGAACUGUCAACCCUAUCCCGAAGAAGCAGGAAGCUACUAGAUGGAAACCGAUUCUCCAGUACGCGGCAAAAACUUGCAGCCAAUCAGCAAAAAGCUCUUCCACUCCCCGAUACAAAAUACAGAUAACGAGGUCCAAACUACCAGGAGUUCAGAAAACCGAAGAAGAAACAGAAAGAGGAAACAGUUCCUUGUUCCUGAUGGGAGUGAAAAGUUCAAGAAAGCGUACAUACAAUGUGAGGAGGGGUAUAGCGAAAAUAUGGGGGGGAUGAGGAAGAAAGUGUUGAUAAGUCUGUUUCAUAAUAAGGAGUAUUCUAUGGAUGUUGGGAUUUAGUUAGAUUUAGUAAUAUGUUUUUAAUAAUUCGGUUGAUAAGCUAGCCGAAGUAAUACAAAAAAAUUAGAUAAGUAUGUUGCUAAUUUUAGCAAGUAAGAUAAGUAUGUUGCCAAUUUUAGCAAGUUUUGAAGCCACCAAGCAUAGUGCCACUUGGUAAUGUUAGACCAAGAUAAGUCUGCAACGAUUUUGAUAGCACACGCAGUGCAAGUGUUAUUUUAAACGUCAAACUUCUAUGAAAUUAGGCCGAUAUGGGGAAGUUUUCAGAAAAUAGUGUACCAUAUUAGCAUGUUGUUCAGAAAGGAUAAUCAAUGUCAGUUUUGUGACGAUAAUUAAGCAUUUAAUUUCAAUAAAAACUUGUAUUUGGUGUUCAUUUCAUAAACUGUAAGCCGUAUUAGGUACAAUGUAAAAAAAAGCUAAAAGUUGAUUCCCAUAAAGAUUUCAAGCUUAAUUGUCGUCACAAAUGUGACAGCGAUUAACUUUUGUAAAACUCCCAUAAAUGCUAUCAAAAUCGUUGCGGACUUAUCUUGGUCUCAACAACAAUGUAGCAACCAAAAUAAAAUAGUAGCAAACUUUAAGAUUCGUGAAUAAAAAUAAAAUUUAAUCAUAAUUUUUAAUAACUUGUCUAAAACUCACAUAUCUGUUUGAAUUUGAAUUUAAUAAGAAUAAGCCUUCGAUAGUUAUAAGUCUAUUUUAGUUUCUAUAUAAAGUUCCUACUCAAUAAGGUUUAAAUACCUUAACAAUACGUUGUGAUAGAAUCUUCCUAUUUCUUUAAUCUAUGUAAGACCUCGUGUCGUAAAAGUAAAAAAAAAAACAUACCAGCUCUUCCAAUAAGUCUUAUUUAAGUAAUGGAAAAACCUUAUUUGUGCCAUUUUCAACUAAAAGGGUACUUAAUGUCGCUUGUCAGAAGGCGCUAUUUCCAUAUAGCUUCAAUUAGAAAUCAACCUUAUCAACAAGCGAUAAUGUGGUACCUUUUGAUUGAAAACGUCACAUUUAUAGUAUUUCUUUAAAUAUUCUUCGUACUUUCUAUCAUGUUUUUUUUUUCUUAUUUAUAAUUAUUAAAAUAAUUUCAUCAAUUAUAUUUAUACGUAAGCAUUGGCAAAACUGCCUCAACGCAAUUUAUAAAAAUGAUAAUUAUGUGCUUCCAUUUGUAUAAUUAAGUAGCUA